ACGGUGACCUAAAACCCAUACGAGAGCACUCGAACCAGAGACAUCAAACUCCCCAAAAUCUCAGCAAUCAUGGCGGAUUCUCACCAUUAGACAUUCUUCCCCAAUCACAUCUCACUCCAUCUCUCAACAAAAGUUGUAUAUAUAUAUACACAUAUACAUACACAUAUUCAGAGAUUUAGCUGAAUUGGAGAGAGAUGAGAUCAAAUCCAAGCCUAGUAUGUCUCUUGAUUAUUGUCACUCUGAGUCUCCUUCUUCUUCAUUCAGACUCUGCACCUCAAGCUUUUCGCAGAGAUCCAGGGCACCCUCAGUGGCACCAUGGUGCCUUUCAUGAUGUCAAAGAUAGCGUCCGAUCGGACGUUCGUCGCAUGCUCCAUUCUCGCGCUGAGGUUCCAUUUCAGGUCCCGCUUGAAGUAAAUGUAGUCCUUGUUGGUCUCACUGGUGAUGGUGGCUAUAGGUACUCAAUUGAUUCACACAAAUUGGAAGAGUUUCUGAGAGUCAGCUUCUCAUCUCAUAGGCCCUCAUGCCUGGAGACUGGCGAGCCCCUUGAUAUCGAGCAUCACAUAGUGUAUAAUGUCUUUCCUGCUGGGCAGCCAGAAUUGAUAGAACUUGAGAAGGCACUGAAGGCAGCAAUGGUUCCUGCUGGGACUUCUAGAGAGACUGACUUUGGAAGAGAGGUGCCUGCUUUUGAGGUGGAUGCAAUGGCUGUGGAGCCAGUUUUUCAUAGUCUUUAUUCAUACAUAUUUGACAUGGAGAGUGGGAGAUAUUCUGGAGAAGAGAUGGACAGACCUGUGCCAAGUGCAAUAUUUAUUGUUAAUUUUGAUAAGGUCAGAGUGGACCCUAGGAAGAAGGAUAUUGACCUCGAAAGUCUAAUGUAUGGAAGAAUUUCUCAGCUAACUGAGGAAGAGAUGAAAAAACAAGAGGGAGAUUAUGUUUACCGUUAUCGUUACAAUGGAGGUGGUGCCUCUCAGGUUUGGCUGAGCUCUGGCAGAUUUGUUGUGAUCGACCUCUCAGCAGGCCCUUGCACAUAUGGAAAAAUUGAAACCGAAGAAGGCAGUGUCAGUUCCAAAACACUCCCCCGGUUACGGAAUGUGAUGUUUCCUAGAGGCUUGAGUGUUGCUAAUGAUCAUUCUGCCCAUGAUAUUUUUGUUGGACAAGUGGCUGCUCUGGUUGCAACUACAAUUGAACAUGUUAUAGCUCCUGAUGUUAGGUUUGAAAUUGUUGAUACCACAACGAGGUUGCUUGUACCAAUCAUUGUCCUCCAUAAUCAUAAUCGGUACAAUAUCAUGGAUAAAGGCCACAACUACAGUGUAGAUAUUCAAGCUAUUGAAGCAGAGGUAAAGAAGAUGGUUCACACUGGGCAGGAAGUAGUAAUGAUAGGGGGUAUGCAUGCUUUACAUCGCCAUGAGAAGUUGGCAAUUGCUCUUUCAAAAGCGAUGCGAAGCCAUUCUCUUCAAGAGACAAAGACGGAUGGACGUUUUCAUGUUCAUACAAGGACAUAUUUGGAUGGAGCCAUUCUUAAAGAGGAGAUGGAACGAUCUGCUGAUGUGCUUGCUGCAGGUUUGCUUGAGAUGUCCGAUCCAUCUCUUUCUAGUAAAUUUUUUCUUCAGCAGCACUGGAUGGAUGAGUCUGAUGGUUCAAGUGAUUCAGUUUUAAAGCAUAAACCUCUUUGGGCUACUUAUAGCUCCAAACGUGGCAAGGACAAGAAAAAGAGAGCGGAAGAAAAGAAACAAAAAGGUUUAUACCGGACAUAUGGGACAAGAAUCAUCCCUGUGUGAGGACAUCCCCCUAGCUUGCUAUUUUUUUCUACAAGUCAAGCCAUUUGGUAUUUUUCUUUUAUUGUACUUGAGCAUCAAAAUGAAAAGAUACCCCUAAGUUAUGUCUCAGAAACAGAGAGAAGGCAUGCUAUCCCAUCACAGGCGCAGCGGCAUAUAUUGGCUGGCCUGGCUUCUGUUGUCGGUGGAUUAAGUGCACCAUAUGAAAAGGCUUCUCAUAUACAUGAAAGACCGCUUGUGAAUUGGCUAUGGGCAACUGGUUGCCAUCCAUUUGGACCAUUCUCUAAUACUUCCCAAGUUAGCCAAAUGCUUCAGGAUGUUGCAUUGAGGAACACAAUAUAUGCACGUGUAGAUUCUGCCCUUCGGCGAAUUCGAGAAACAUCAGAGUCAGUUCAAAUUUUUGCUGGAGAAUACCUGAAAACCCCUCUAGGUGAACCAGUGAAAGGAAAGAAGAACAAGUCUAGCACCGAGCUGUGGGUGGAGAAGUUCUACAAGAAGACGACUAACCUGCCUGAACCUUUCCCACAUGAAUUAGUUGAACGACUAGAGAAAUACUUGGAUAACCUUGAAGAACAGCUUGUAGAUUUGUCUUCCCUGUUAUACGAUCAUCGCUUACAAGAUGCGCACUUGAACAGCUCAGAGAUUCUCCAGAGCUCCAUCUUCACCCAACAGUAUGUAGAGCACGUUUUGGCCAAUGAGAAGGAGGAAAUGAAAUGCUGUGCUAUUGAAUACAAAUUUCCCGUGCAGUCUUCCCAAAAUUUCAUCUACGCUGGAAUUCUUCUUGCCGGAUUCUUUGUAUAUUUUGUAGUCAUUUUCUUUUCAUCGCCUGCGCGCUGAUGUAACAAAAUCGCAAUCCUCACCCAGAAAUUGUUCCAAAUUUUGUGAUGCUCAGUUACGUCCACAAAUACAUGUAUCUGCAUAUAACACUUUUGAUAGAUAGAGGAAAAACUUAACAUGAAAAGCUUCUUUAUCAAUAUCUGAAAUAUCAAAACUAUGACAUCUUUUUGAGUUUA